AUGAAAUUUGCAAAUUUUUUGACGCUUCUUGCUUCGAGUGGAGUUCGAGCGGACGUAGAGCUCGGUCCUCCUUGUGCGACUGUUUCGAACAGUGGUGAUGAUGUCGAUGGAUCUGCAAUUGUCAUUUAUAGCGGCGAAGAGGUUGACAAUAUGAGACGAUCAGAUAAAUACAAGCAAUACAACAACAACAUCAAGCACUUGGAAGUCUACCAGACCUGCCAGCUCGAGACUUUCAACCGCAACCGAUUCGAACAACAUCUCGCCAACUUCACCAGCUACGAUCAUAACCGUCUCGACAUCACCCUCGGCAAACUCGUUCUCGACAAGAUCUCUUCCUUCAAAUGCCACUGCGAUGAAACCAUCUCGACAACUUCUUCGACUACUCCUAACAGCACUCCAGACCCUGAUGUCUCGACUUGCUCAAAAGACUUCUACAGCGGCACGAUCCCAAAGUUCUGGUACGACGGAUCUGAAAAACGAUGCCCAAGCCCCACUUGCUAUUCCAACACUCUCGCGCGCCUCGACCUCUGGAACAAAAACGGCCAAGUUGGUUUCCUCUACCAAGUCCGCGUUCCAGAAUCGUUGACAAGCACAAACUCCUGGACUGUCGGCCUUCAGAUGAGCAUCACCCACGGAACUUGCCAAUUUUGGGGACCAAGCACCUUCCAAGUCGGAUCACGACCAUCCGGGGAGAUGAUUUACUUGAUCAGAAGCGACGAAAUCGGCACGCCAAAUACGCUCAGAGGAAGUGCCAUGUUGGAGAAUGGGGAUUUCUUCUUUUACUGCGAUCAGAUGUCCAUUCAUCCUCAAGUCCAUGCCUAUUUCUGGGACGAAGAACUCGACCACUUCCACGCAACCUGCAUCAACUCCAACCCUCUCCGAUCCAUCGAAGCUGAACGAAUUCUCAAAAAAUCCAACAAGUCUUCUUUCGUCGAGACGACAAAAUUUAAGGGCGAAUUUCCCGUCUCCGGCGGUCCAACCGGCCGAGGAACCCCGAAAAUUUCCAUCUUUGACGAGCCAGAAUUGCGAUCUGUUCUCUCGCCAAAUUUGCUCAGAAGAUAUUCUCACAUGGAGAGUAUGAUCAACUUUAUCGACUCCCAGAGCAAUAUCACGAGAUACUGGACUUAUGGCUGCUGGUGCUUUCAGAUGGAUAACGUCGAUAAAACUUGCAAGCACCACAAAGAUUGUUACGCCUGUGUCAAAGCUGAUGCAGGAGAGUCGUCUUCUUGUGUGCCCGAAGAAACCGGAUACAAGUUCAGAGCAUUCUACGACUCCGUAACUGGCAAGCCCGAAAUUGAAUGCCAAAACAGACCAGGUUCCUGCCGACGAAACACUUGUGAAUGCGAUAAAGCACUUGCCAUGGGACUCGACCCCGCUUCAUCCAGUGAUGAUGGAUGGAAUUCCGCCCACCAUGCGUUCUACGGAGGAUUCGAUAGCCGAACCAAGUGCCUUGGAAGAAUGAACACGAAUCACGGAUCGCCAAAUCAUUUCAAACAGUGCUGCGGAGAGUUUCCCAACAGAUUCCCAAUGCGGUUUGCAAACGACGGUUCUGGAAACCAAUGCUGCGCGGGGUCGAAAAUCUACGACUCGAGCAUUAAAGAGUGCUGCUCUGAUGGUUCUGUCAAUGCUAUCGGCUCCUGUUAA